AUGCGCAACACACUCACGUCUGGCUCGUUCGUUUGGUGCAUCGUCUUGCUUCUGCUGCUGCUUUGCACGCUCGGUGAGCACAAAGUCAAAGCCCAAUUCCGUUACUUUCCCGGCAUUUAUGGUGGCUAUGGUGGUGGUUACGGUGGUCUUGGCUACGGAAAUGGCUUUGGCGGCGGUGGUGGUUAUGGUGUGUAUCCCGGCCUUGGCGGUUAUCAGCCAUAUCCCUCCUACUUUGGUGGCGGCUAUGGCAACAUGUAUCCGUGUUACAGUGGCUACUUGUGUAGUGGUGGUUAUCCUGGCUAUGGAGGUUAUCCAUUUUACGGCAAUGGCAUGAAUACGGCGUACGCAAGUAGCAGUGGUGGUGGCAUGGCCAGUGCAUCGGCCAGCAGUGGUAGUGGCUUUUUUGGUUAG